AUGCGAAUUUCUUUAUUCUUUCUUUCAGUGCUGGCAGGAGUUGUUUCAGGUAUGGAUAAAACUCUUAUUUUAAGGACGCUAAGGCUCUUACACAUGUUUUUAAUAAGUUAUUGCUUAUGUUUUUAGUGUUCAGUACGUUAGAUUACUUAUUUUUAGUGUUGUCUGCAAUAAGAGUCAAGGAUAAUAUUCAUAUCAAGCUAACCAGCAUUGCCAAUCCGUGUAUUCGCUUGUUGAAUGGCACAAAAACCUUUGGAUGCCAAUGUAAGUUAUGUUUUGUUUAAAAUGUAUUCGAAAUUUAGCUGAACGAGGUGGAAAUGUUGGAGUUGUUGUUGAAGUGGUCAAACCAGAAGAUAUCGAAAGUGCUGUUAAGAGCCUGCCAUGGGGAUUUAAUGAAAUCAUUGCUCUAGUUGCUGUUAACGAUUUAACAAGGUAAAAUACGUUUGGAACAAUAGAAUACUGUAAUUCAAGCUUAAAUUCCGUGGUCAUUUCUAAUAUUUGGAUGUUUAGUGAUCUUCUGUCAUCAUUGGUGGAAUCAGAAGGCGUUAGUGGGGUUUUAUUGGUGAAAGAUCAGUCAAGGGCUUUUGAAGGGUUUUCCGAAGAUGGCUACACACCAAAUAAGGAGUAUUGUAAGCUUUUAUGAUUUAUUCAUGAGUUCAACUUUAGUAAGGUCAUGUUUUUGGUAAAUAAUAUUAAAAUUUAAAGGUUUUACAUGAAUUAUAUGAUGAUCUGUUUUUAAAUAUUGAUGUUUAAGCUUUGUAUGGUGAAGAUUCACAAGAAUGGAACAAAAUUGGAGCACUAUCAGUUGAAGGAUUAUUAAAAUCUAAUAUUCCAAAGCCAAUAUUCUUCAUCAGGAAUUCUACUGAAGUGCAACUGCUUUAUAAGAAUGUAAGUGGGAUUUUUGAAAUAAAAUACGUAUAUUACAACAUGGAAAAACAUUAAAUUUAAAAUGUUUUAGUGUUAUCACGCGUUCAAUACAAAACAAAGUCUGUACCGUGAAAGAUGUGUAGCCCGACUUCAAAGUUUCAUGCAAGCUGCUGGAGAUGCCAGAUUGUGUAAAUUGAAAGAGAGUAGCUUCAGCAUGACUAGUGGAGAGUAAGUUGUCUAUCGUUGGCUUGUUUUUAUAUUGUUUUAGCUUUUCUUUCGAAAAAAUUUGCAAUAAGAUCUCAAAUAAGGUUUUUUUGGUAAAAAAUCUUUGAUAUUGUACUUAAAUUAAUAAAAAUAACAUGUUUGACGAAUGUAAAAUAGGUAUUAAUACAUUGUGAACAUUUUCAUAUGGGUUUGUUUUUUAUAGCAGUGGAAUCUGUGACGCUAUGGGCGAUUACAAUGUGUUCUCCAUGAUUCCACCGGUUAGUGCGGCUCAAGAAGAAGCGAAUUUACUGGUUGUUUCUACUAGGGUAAGUUGUUGUAUUUAUGGCAAAGGUGGUUUUUUUUAAAUUUAUAAUCUGAGUAUCUUAUGACUUGCUGUCAUUUUUGGUUUUGGACAGGAUUUUUGAUAUUAUAGUAGACAUCAAGGGUAUAAAAAUAGGUUUUUUGGUGCUUUAAGCUUUUCUUGCCAAUUUUGUAGGUGAUAAUGUAAUAUAAUGAGGAAUCUAUGUAUUUUUAGUGUUUUUUUUCUAUAUUUUUCACGUUAUUUCAGAUGGAUUCAGCGUCUAUCUUCGGCGAUUCACCAGGCGGAGACGUCUCAGUCCUGGUAUCCUUAAUAUCCCACUUGGCAGCCGCCAAAGCCAUUGGAUCAAAUCGUUUCAAGUUCGAAUCGUUAGCCCAGAAGACAAAGAAACAAGUCUUGUUUUCAUUCUUUCACGGUGAAGCAUUCGGCUACAUUGGUAGCUCGAGAUGGGUGUACGAUAUGGAACAGAACGUUCAUAACAAGUCGAAACUGGUCAAACCGGAAAAGUUUAGACAAAAUUUGGUUUUGAAUGAUCUUAAGAUGAUGGUAGAAGCGAAUUUGUUUGGAGAAUCAAGUGAGAUCUACGCUCAUGCUGAUGUUAAUGUGGUCAAAAAGCAUAAAAAUGAGGUAAAUUUGGUGAAAUUCUGAAUUUAGAUUUAUAAAAAAGGGAAAAACGGUUAGUUUUAUGAAUAAAAAUGGACAAAAAGACUUUGUUUUACAUUUCAAAAUUACUAUUCUUUGUUUUCAGAUAGACCAAAUGACCGAAAUCCUAAAGAAAUCAUCUCAAAACGUCAAUAUCCUCUACAAUAACAUGGACAAACAGCUCCCACCAAGUUCGAUCUACUCGGUGUUGAAACGAAAGUCAAUCCCAAGUGUACUAUUAGCACCAUUCAAGGAUGAAUACAAUGUAAAAACGUUGGAUUCCUUCUUUGAUACUCAAUUGUACGAACACCCAGGGAAGAGGGAUACUGUAGUUACUGUAGCUCAUAAUGUAGCACAAGUACUCAGAGACGUCGUGGUAGAGUACGUGGGUGGACCGGAGGGGAAGAAGGAGGAGUUUGAAGUUGAUAGGGAAUAUGUAAGUUGUUUUUGGUACUAAAAUUGGGGUUUUGGUACUAUUGGUAGGCUUUUGGGAAUUUUAGUACCAUCUGUAGAUCUAUAAUACUAUUUUUCGAACUAUAGUGCUAUUUUUAGAAUUUUAGUAUUGUUUUUACAAUUUUGGUACUAUUUUUAGAAAUUAUUAGUAGUAUGUUCUUUAGUACUAUGUUCAAUCAUGGUAUCAUACCAAUUUCAGGUCGAAAAACUGGUCGACUGCCUGGUAUUCGACCCGUUCUGGAACUGCACGUUCAUUCAACAAAUCUUCACCAACGAUUCAACAAUCCACUUCAUCAACGGCCACAAUACGUAUAUUAGAGUAGGCGGAAUGUCGACGAUCCGAGCCAUCGUCAAUGCCAUGAUGGUCGAAGCGACUGGCGACACCCAAACUGCCACUAAUAUUAAACAUGAAGACGAAUGCUUGGCCAAAAAUAAGGAUCAAAAUGUAGGCGGAGUUAUUGGUGCUAUUUAGCACUAAGAUGGUUUUUUGGUACUGUAUAGUACUAGUAUGAUUUUUGGUACUAUAUAGUACUAAAAAAAUUUUAUCCUCCAAUCAUUAGUUACAUAUUAUUUAUUGUCCGAGUAACUACAACAACUAAACUAUGUCAUAACUAACUAACAUAAAACUACUGAUUCAUUUCCAUCCUUGUCUCCUUCCGACCAUGCUUGGGGGCGUGUCUUCAUUCUACUCCUCCAUGGCCAACUUGGUCUCCUGGCUGUUCUGGUUGCUCUACUUUAAUAUUUACGUAUUUUUAGUUGUACACUUACUACUGGCAGUACAAUCCAUCAGCUUCCCACUUCACAUGCUACAAAACGUCAGUUUACAACUCUCAAGCCAAAUCACCGGCUUUUUUGAUGGAAGGUAAGCCAUUUUUGCGUUUUUUAACUAAUAAAAGCUUAAAAAUUAAAAAAAAAAUUUAGUUGGUUCAAAGUGUAAAGAUUAGGCCUAAAAACGUUGGUAAACCUAAAGUAAUGUCUUGACGAUAGUAAUCUGACCUUAUUUUACCCUUUUGCUCGUUGUGUUUGAAUAGCUCAGUGGUAGUGGGUAUGACUUUUGACCCGGAACCAUGCGGGUUCGGUUCCGGUCGGUGCAUCUUCUUAUCAGCCUUUGGUUUUGUGGCCAGAAGGUUCAUUACAAGGUGCAAAAGCGAAAGGACUUCGCAGUGCUGGUACUAAUGGUGCAGUAUAGUACUAGUUCUAGUAAGAUCACACAUUUUUUGAGGAUUAAAAGGUUGUUUUAGGUAGCAAUAGGGGAUUUUUUGAGGAAAAAUGUCUGGUUGGGGGGGAAUGGUAAUUUUUAAAAUGGAACGGAGAGUUUUAGGUAACAAAUGUAUUACAAACGGUACCAUAGGUAUAUUUUACUAGUGAAUACUAAUUCUAUAUCAUUUUAGACUACGAUCUGGCUAAUUCCACCUACUCCACCUUCAUGGAAUCUCGAUGGGAACAACUUGAACUCGAGCUGUACCUAAAAGCCGACAAUCAUCUGCUUAUCGAGGCAUCAGUAGCCGCUUUAGUGACGAUACUAAUUAGUAUUGGACUGGUGGUCGUUCUCAAUGAUUCCUGGUUUGUGGACCGGGCUGAGGCUGGUCCUACGGCUGUUUGA